AGGAGCGGCCCCUGCGGGCCCGGGGGCGCGUCCUCGCCGCGGGAUCGGUGCAGCCGGGUUCAGAAGCAGGCGACGGAACGGGAUGUGAACUGUUGCUCUUCGGAAGAAAAAGCCCCCCGCCGCCCUUCCCGCGAAGGAAUAGCGUCAUUGCAUAGCAUGGCUGCGGUUGGUGCUGUCAUCGGUCCACCUUGAUCUCCUGAGAGCUUCGUGGUGCUUGAGCAAAUGUUCUGAAAAAGCCCUGCAUGGGAAUGGCUUGCCUUACCAUGACGGAGAUGGAAGGAACCCCCGUGUCCCCUGCACAUCAGAAUGGUGACGUUCCUGGAAAUGCUAGUUCCAUGAAGCAGAUAGAGCCGCUUGUGCAGGUGUACCUUUACCAUUCUCUUGAGAAAGCUGACGGAGAAUAUCUGAAGUUUCCAGCAGGGGAGUACGUUGCAGAAGAAAUUUGUGUUGCUGCUUCUAAAGCUUGUGGAAUCACACCUGUGUAUCAUAGUAUGUUUGCUUUAAUGAGUGAAGCAGAAAGGAUCUGGUAUCCGCCCAACCAUGUCUUCCAUAUAGAUGACUCAACCAGGCACAGCGUACUCUACAGGAUAAGAUUUUACUUUCCUUACUGGUAUUGUAAUGGCAGCAACAGAACCUAUCGGCACGGAGUAGCUCGAGGUGCUGAAGCUCCUCUUCUUGACGACUUGGUCAUGUCUUACCUCUUUGCUCAGUGGCGGCAUGAUUUUUUACAUGGAUGGAUAAAAAUACCCGUGACUCACGAAACACAGGAAGAAUGUCUCGGGAUGGCAGUGCUCGAUAUGAUGAGACUAGCCAAAGAGAAGGACCAGACCCCGCUGGACAUCUAUAGUUCUAUCAGCUACAAGACAUUCUUACCAAAAUGUGUUCGAGCAAAGAUCCAAGACUAUCAUAUUUUGACAAGGAAACGAAUAAGGUAUAGAUUUCGCAGAUUUAUUGAGCAGUUCAGCCAUUGCAAAGCCACUGCCCGAAACUUGAAACUUAAGUAUCUUAUAAAUCUGGAAACACUUCAGUCUGCCUUCUACACAGAGCAAUUUGAAGUAAAAGAACCUGGAAGAGGUCCUUCAGGUGAGGAGAUUUUUGCAACCAUUGUAAUAACUGGAAACGGUGGAAUUCAGUGGUCAAGAGGGAAACAUAAAGAAAGUGAGACACUGACAGAACAGGAUUUACAGUUAUAUUGUGACUUUCCUGAUAUCAUUGAUGUUACUAUUAAGCAAGCAAACCAAGAAGGCUCAAAUGAAAGUAGAAUUGUAACUAUCCAUAAGCAAGAUGGUAAAAAUCUGGAAAUUGAACUAAGCUCAUUAAGAGAAGCUUUAUCCUUUGUGUCAUUAAUUGACGGCUAUUAUAGAUUAACUGCGGAUGCACAUCAUUACCUCUGUAAAGAAGUGGCACCUCCAAUGGUGCUUGAAAAUAUACAAAGCAACUGUCAUGGCCCAAUUUUAAUGGAUUUUGCCAUCAGUAAACUGAAGAAAGCAGGUAAUCAGACUGGACUCUAUGUACUUCGAUGCAGUCCUAAGGACUUUAAUAAAUAUUUUCUGACUUUUGCUGUCGAGCGAGAUAAUGUCAUCGAAUAUAAGCACUGUUUGAUUACAAAAAACGAGAAUGGAGAAUACAACCUCAGUGGGACCAAGAAGAACUUCAGUAAUCUUAAAGAUCUUUUGAAUUGCUACCAGAUGGAAACUGUUCGCUCAGACAGUAUAAUUUUCCAGUUUACGAAAUGCUGUCCCCCAAAGUUGAAAGAUAAAUCAAACCUUCUGGUCUUUAGAACCAAUGGCGUUUCUGAUGUACCAACAUCACCAACGUUACAGAGGCAUAAUAAUGUGAACCAAAUGGUGUUUCACAAAAUCAGAAACGAAGAUUUGAUAUUUAAUGAAAGCCUUGGCCAAGGCACUUUUACAAAAAUUUUCAAAGGUGUGAGAAGAGAAGUAGGAGACUAUGGUCAACUGCACGAAACGGAAGUUCUUCUGAAAGUCCUGGAUAAAGCGCACAGAAACUACUCGGAGUCUUUCUUUGAAGCAGCAAGCAUGAUGAGCCAGCUUUCUCACAAGCACCUGGUUUUAAAUUAUGGAGUGUGUGUCUGUGGAGAGGAGAAUAUUCUGGUUCAGGAGUUUGUAAAAUUUGGAUCAUUAGAUACAUACCUGAAAAAGAAUAAAAAUUCUAUAAGUAUAUUAUGGAAACUUGAAGUGGCUAAACAGUUGGCAUGGGCUAUGCAUUUUCUAGAAGAAAAAGCCCUUAUUCAUGGGAAUGUGUGUGCCAAAAAUAUUCUGCUUAUCAGAGAAGAAGACAGGAAGACGGGCAAUCCUCCUUUCAUCAAACUUAGUGAUCCUGGCAUUAGCAUUACAGUUUUGCCGAAGGACAUUCUUCAGGAAAGAAUACCAUGGGUACCACCUGAAUGCAUUGAAAAUCCUAAAAAUCUAAACUUGGCAACAGACAAAUGGAGUUUUGGUACCACUUUGUGGGAAAUCUGCAGCGGCGGAGAUAAGCCCCUGAGUGCUUUGGAUUCUCAGAGAAAGCUCCAGUUUUAUGAAGAUAGGCACCAGCUUCCUGCACCAAAGUGGACAGAAUUAGCAAAUCUUAUUAAUAAUUGCAUGGAUUAUGAACCAGAUUUUAGACCUUCUUUCAGAGCCAUCAUACGAGAUCUUAAUAGUUUGUUUACUCCAGAUUAUGAACUAUUAACAGAAAAUGACAUGUUACCAAAUAGGAUAGGCACCCUAGGGUUUUCUGGAGCUUUUGAAGAUCGAGACCCAACACAGUUUGAAGAGAGACAUUUGAAAUUUCUGCAGCAACUUGGCAAGGGUAAUUUCGGCAGCGUGGAGAUGUGCCGGUACGACCCGCUGCAAGACAACACCGGGGAGGUGGUGGCCGUGAAGAAGCUGCAGCACAGCACGGAGGAGCACCUGCGGGACUUCGAGAGGGAGAUCGAGAUCCUGAAGUCCCUGCAGCACGACAACAUUGUCAAGUACAAGGGCGUGUGCUACAGUGCCGGCCGGCGUAAUUUAAGAUUAAUUAUGGAAUAUUUACCAUAUGGAAGUUUACGAGACUAUCUCCAAAAACAUAAGGAACGGAUUGAUCAUAAAAAACUUCUGCAGUAUACAGCUCAGAUAUGCAAGGGCAUGGAGUAUCUUGGUACAAAAAGAUAUAUCCACAGAGAUCUGGCAACAAGAAAUAUAUUGGUGGAGAACGAAAACAGGGUUAAAAUUGGAGAUUUUGGUUUAACCAAAGUCUUGCCACAAGACAAAGAAUACUACAAAGUGAAAGAACCUGGUGAAAGUCCCAUUUUCUGGUACGCUCCAGAAUCCCUGACGGAGAGCAAGUUUUCUGUGGCUUCAGAUGUUUGGAGCUUUGGAGUGGUUCUGUAUGAACUUUUCACAUAUAUCGAGAAGAGUAAAAGUCCACCAGCGGAAUUUAUGCGUAUGAUCGGCAACGACAAGCAGGGACAGAUGAUUGUGUUUCAUCUGAUAGAGCUCCUCAAGAAUAACGGGAGACUGCCGAGGCCCGAUGGGUGCCCAGACGAGAUUUAUCUGAUCAUGACCGAAUGCUGGAACAAUAAUGUAAACCAGCGUCCCUCCUUCAGAGACCUAGCUUUUCGAGUUGAUCAAAUAAGGGACGACAUGGCUGGAUGAAAGGAAUGAACUUCGCUCUGAGACCAAAACAGACUUACAGAACAAAGUGUUGUGUUUCACAUUACUGUGGACUAUCAUUACAUAUACAGUUGUUAUGUAUAUCAUGAUGCUAGCCAGCAAAGACGUGGAAAUAUCUGUUCAAAACUUGCAAAGUUUUGUUUUUCUUCAUGAGGACAUCAGUAAAAGACACUGAUGAAGAGACCUUAGCAAAGGAUUUCAUAAACAGUUUCACAAAUCCAAUCAGCCGGUUAACAUCACUUUUCUCUGGGAAAAGAAAAAAAAUAGACUUUUUUCAGCUCAGAAUUUUGAAAGAUGAAAAAAUUGUAAUGUAAAUUUUGCAAUGUUGACGACGCACAGAAUACACUUGUACAGUUUUUACCACCGUGAAAGUACAAUGCCUUGGCAUCUUGUGUGGCGUUUCACACAAGGGCUGGUGUUCGUUCAUGUUUCCUAAUGUUUCCACAGGUGACCUGCGGUCACAUCACUGUACACAUGAUAGUGCUCAGAUCACGGAAUCAGCACCUGCGCUCCUACUCGUCUCUGUCACUGGCCAGCAAUAUGUACACUUUUAGCUUGUAGUUCUCUGUACUGUAAAUAUUUUUCAAAGCAAAGGGAACAAAUGUUUAGUUUCACUUGUAUAGGAAAUUUCCCCGACCCUAAAGAAUACAUUUUGAAAUGGAACAAGUUUACAAAGAUACAACACAAUCUAUUUUCUUAUUUGUCUCCCUUGUAUUUGUUUGUGGUAAUUGAUAGAAUUAUCUCCAAAUUUUUCUAAGACUACAGUGAAUAGUUUUCUUUUAAAAUUUUGAGAUUAAGAAUCCAAGGAAUAUUAUCAUCCAUUUAGCUGUUGACUCCUAAUGAGAUUCUUCAAUCCCUGGGACCUUUGGUCAUGCAUUAAAUUGAAGCAUAAGCCAUAAAAUAGAUUGUUUUUAAAAUGUGUAUGCCUAUUGAGAUGCCUAACAGGUUAGGAUUUUUUUUGCUAAAGAAUAUUUUAGGGUUUUCAGAAAUCUCUAUUGCAGUCAUAGAAAAGACUUCCUUUUAGAGAUUCUGAUACAGGAGGGAGAAAUAUGCUUGGGAGAAUAAAUUGGUGAAAAAGUAUGCUUGUUAAUUUUAUUCAAGAAUCCUGAUAGAAAAUCCAUCAUGUCUAACAAGAAUGAGAGAGAACGGGUAACUGCUGAUUGUCGUCCUGUGUUUGAGGGCCGCUCCGCUUUAGACGCUGCACCUGAAAGGUGUGGUGUGGUAGGGGGCAGUUUGUGGGUGUUAUUUAUACAGAGUUUAAAAUACUUAGUAUUUCAUGUAAAAAGAAAAUAGUUUCUUUAUUUUCAGUGAAUAUGCUGUUUUUUUUAACUUGUACUUAAGAAUUUUGAUUAUUUUUUGAAGCUGGCUUUGAAAUGCAAAUUAUAUAAGAAAAAAAUGCCUCACACAUAAAGUUUGAGAUUUUUGGUUGGAAGGAAGAAAGGGAAAGAAACGCUUUUUACAUUAUCUUUGAAACAUUUUAGUAGUAACCAAAUGCAGAAAACAUCUAAAAUGAUAGUAUAUUAGAUUUUAAAAGAUUUCUGAUAUUUUGACGAAAGCUGAAUAUCAUUUUUAUUUGUAGACUCCACCAGGAUGUGUAUAUGUAAUGCAGUUCAGAGACCUUUCGUGCUGCUACUUGACAAGUCGGAAGUAGCAUGUCAUGUAAUAUGCUGGAUUUCGGAAACUGAAGUACUUAAAAGUAAAUUUUUAAAGGUUUACAACAUUUUGUUUGUUUUUAAAAACAAAGGUAUUAACUAGAUCGCUUAAUUCUUUUCUUGAUGUUUCACUCUGUAGAUUUAGGGGAAAUAAUCCCAUAUAAACAUUCUGAAGUUUUUAGAGUACGAUGACUACCUUAUUAUAAAACUCUGAGUUUGCAAGAGAAUUACUAUUCACUGAGGACUUGCAGUGUUUACAUCUUUAUUCUGAUUAUACAUAAAAAGAAAUUAACCUGCACCUGUUCAGUCGGUUCUGCACAAGAAAUCGGUAAGUAAUUCUUGUACCACUAAUGCCAAAAUGUUUCUUCAAAUUAAUAUUCUUAAGAAAUGAGGAUAAAUAUUUUCUUAUAUAAUUCUGUAAAUAUUGCAGUAUGUUAAGUUAUACAGUCUUUGUAUAAAUAAUUCCCUACAUCCACGGCUUCUUGCUUUGGGAAAUAGUUUCUCACAUUACCUGUAUAUAUGCUGCCAGAAGCGCUAUCAUUUGCUGUGAAAGAGCGCUUUCUUACAACACCAGACUUCUGCUUUAAAGUCACGUGAAAUUGUUAUCACAACUAUAACUUCCGAUACUUAAAUUUUACUUAAAUAGUUUUAUUAUGGAGUAGACAUAAGAAAAUACCACCUACAGUUCUAUGCCUGGGGAGCCAUUCUCCAUGGAGUGGCAGUGUGUGGUCACUUUAUUGAGACUGUUAUUUUCUUCAUUGUGCCUUUAGCAUGUUUUUACGAAAUUGGAAUAUUGAUGUAAUAAACAUUCAGAAGUUAUUUCCUUUUGUAUUGUCACCUAACCAAGGAGGUGGGGGCACACACACUGAUUUAGGGAUAUGCAGAGAAAGCCUUUUGUUGUAGUAAACUUCUCUUUCGGUUUUUAGAGAAGCGCUUCCUAAGACUGCUAUCAACUACUCUGCACUCUUCAUGAGCCUUGCUGCGUCCGCUUCAGUUCUGGUAUUUAAAUUAUUUCCAAUGAAAAUUUUUCUAAUUUUCAUUGUAACUUAUCAUAGAUCUUUGGGUUUUCUAUAUUGGAAUAAAUAAUAACAGUAAGUAUAAGUCAGCAAGAUUAUCCAAACAAAAGAGUAGGUUAUAUGUGAUAACUUUCCUUCUAUUUAAGAAAGAAAAUCACAGUUGGAUCUGAGAAAAUACUGGGUGUUUACUCCCAGAUUUGGGUUGGUUGUACUUAAUUUCCAGAUAACUAGCAGUAGUGUUUGAUGAUGCUAUAGUCACAUUCAGAGAGAUUUCAGAAUGACCAAGAAGAGAAUUUUAGAGCUUUCAUAUUAAUCAAAUGUAUGUAAUAUGCAUAUCAUAAAGCCUUUAACUUUUCAUGUGAACCAAAUUUUUAUAAAAUGCACAUUAUAUCCUAAAUAUUAAAAUACCUAAUUUUUAAUAUCA